UGGGUUGUGGUUUUAUAAAGGCUUAGCUAAAAUGCAAUGCAUGUGCCAUGACGAGGCAGUAAAGAGAGAAUGUGAGCAUUUUUUUGCAACGUGAAUCGAGUAUGAGGAGGAGGGACCGACAUUGCCUUUAGGGUGGUCAUGCUCAUGCAGUCAGAAGGGUGAACCGCUUCAUCUGUCCGGGCUUUAGAUAGAAAGUCUCAUGCCUGGGAUUACAGCCUCCGUGAUGUAAAAAGCGAAAGCGUUAACAUUGCAAGUCAAGACAAAGCUGACAAAUCACAUUGAUGCCCAGGGCAAAAAUAUCAUCAUCAUUAUCUUUCACUCUUCACAUUCACAGCUUCAUGCAUCUGUCACUUUGAUCGGUUCAUUUUAGACGCAACAUGGAGCUUUUUUGCUUGGAAAACGAGGCGUACAGGAGAGCCCAGAAAGAUCCGAACAUCUUCUGCGAUGAAAGAGUCCUGCAAAGUCUCCUAACAGUGGAGGACAGAUAUGUCCCACAGAGACCCUAUUUUAAAAGCGUCCAAAAGGAUAUUCAACCUUUCAUGAGGCGAAUUGUCGCGACGUGGAUGCUGGAGGUGUGUGAGGAGGAGAAGUGUGAAGAGGACGUCUUUCCCUUGGCUAUGAACUACCUGGACAGAUUUUUAGCCGCGGUUCCAACGAGAAAGUGUUACCUGCAGCUGUUAGGAGCCGUGUGUCUUUUACUGGCAUCGAAAUUAAAAGCUUGCCAGCCGCUGUCGACCAAGAAGCUGUGCAUAUACACAGACAACUCCAUCACAUGUCAACAACUGCUGGAGUGGGAAUUAGUGGUGCUGAGUAAAUUGAAAUGGAACAUGGCUGCCGUCACCCCUCUCGACUUCAUCGAACACAUCCUGCACAAACUGCCCAUUCCUGAAGACAGACUGAAGCUCAUCCGCAAACACGCGCAGACCUUCAUCGCCCUCUGCGCGACAGAUCACAGCUUCACCAUGUACCCUCCGUCCACGAUCGCCACAGGAAGUGUGGGGGCGGCUGUAUGUGGUCUUCAGCCUCAGGAGAAGGAACAGAACCUGUGGGGUUACAGUCUGAUGGAGAUGUUGGCUAAAAUCACCAACACUGAGGUGGACUAUCUGAAGUCAUGUCAAGAGCAGAUCGAGCAGCUGCUGGCCAAUAGCCUCAAAGAGAGUCAACAUACACAAAAACAAGAGGGCGGAGCCACCAGCAAAACGCCGGACUCUCAGAACCUGUCCUGCACCCCCACAGAUGUGCGUGAUGUCAACUUAUGAUGUCAGUUCCUGUCCACCACAACUCCCCGACCUGCAGAUCACAUUUAUUUUGUCAUUAGUGCAUUCAGGAUUUUAUGGUAGGCCACGUCAAGCUUGAUGUUUUGUAAAGGAGAUGCUGCAGUCACCUCAAAUCUGCAGGCGGUGCUGUCGAACAUACUUGAAUUUCAAUGAAACGGCCAUGAAAUAUAAUUAAAUAACACGGUAUAUUAUAUAUUAAGCAUACAUUUGUAUAGGCUAUAGCAUAUAAUAUAAUCUCCUAAUAUGAAUAUUAAACCAAAAAAAAUUAUUAUUAAACUAAUAAUAAUUGUUGCUUUUGUAUAUUACAUAUACAAUGUUUUAUUUCAAGUGGCGGUUUAUUUUCUAUACGGGGGAAUAUGGGGUUCACUUAGAUGCUAGUUUAAAGCUAUAAAGGACAAAGACAUCUGUCAAUCAAGGAUGUAUUUUCCUAUCACACUGUAUGGACAUUAAGACAAUUCAAAGCAGCAAAUGAUCACAGUAAAUAACAUGCUCAAAUACCAAUGAAUGUUAUUAUAAACAUACUGCGUAUUAUUAUUGAACAAGUUGAUCCGUUUCAGUCAGUUUCAUGAGCACAGAGGACAAUGUCAGAUGGAUGAAGUAUGUAGUGAAGGAAAUAAAGAUCGAUGUGAGAUGGAGUAGCGGUGCAUUGAAAAGAGAGGAUAGAAAGAUUGUGUACGUGAUAGAAAGGCUAGUAUGAGAAAUGUGGGAUGAACAAGUUUCUGAGAGGUUCGUUUAUAUUGAUUUAAACAGACCGUGCUGAAGAAUUGUGGUGCCGUUUGCUCAUGUUUUGACAUUAUCACAUGUGCAACAGAGAUAUGCUGGAGGGAUUUAUGGCAGUUUAAUAUUUUGGGAGUUUUGAAAACCUUCAGUAAAAACACGACACAGACGCACUUUCAGAACUCGCCUCCCGUCGGUUUACCGCGGGUAUUCGAGAGGAGGACAAAUGAUUUCUAAGGGUUUUCUUUUUUGUUUGUUUUCUUUAUAAGUUAUUUUUGUUUGGGGCUGGUUUCCCAUAUUAGGUGUGCUUGUGGGUUAUAGUGAUACAUUUAGUCCAAAAACUGAUCUGACUGUCAGCUUCGACAGAAGUGAUGACAUGAAAGAUUAGUUGUUUUCUGUAGUUGUGUUGAAUUCAUAGAUAGACAUCAUCAAAUUUAUAUCACUUUAUUUUAUUAUUACUUUAUUUACCUUUGUUAGGAUAAACAUCAUCUACUUGAAUAUUUUUCAUAUUUAAGACAAUAUUUUAAAAACAUAUGCCAAUUUUCUUUCUGUCUUUAUCAUUUGAUUCUUGCACUUUUUUUGUAAGUUGAUUUUUGGAAAUUGAACUCUGCUAAUUCUUUAGAAACUCAAAGAAAGUUUUAUUUACUGAACAUUUAAAUGUUUUUAUGUGACACACUUGUGCCAUUCAAACACAACUAUGCAAAUGACCUUCAGGUUUGUGCUCAAAGUUUCAAUAUUUCAAUGUUCAUUUUUAGGUUAACAUGUUCAUGUAAUUUCACACAUUGCUUUUCAUUGCUUAUGUGUGCUAUCAUAGCUUUACAUUCAUUUUCUUUUCUUUUAUUCUUUUCUUUCUGUGUAAACGUUUUGUUUACUUGUGUUCCAGUGCUGCUAAAAGAAAAUGGACAAAAAAGAGCUAUUGUGUACCUUGUUGCUGCUAUAUCCUAAAUUGUUAAAUGUGUUUCAUGGUGGCUGUUUUCAUAUUUUUUUGUUGCAUUUAUUUUCCUGUCAGUUGAGUCUAACAGAACUUGAUGGUUACUUGCAGAUAGUCUUGUCUCUAACUGUUGCCUGACUUCUUUUACUAUUAUAUUGGUGUGUUACGAACCGUCUUUAUUGUCUUCAAACACGUACUUGCCCCAUCACAAUACCUCACAGUACUUCAGGUGUAGAAUAGAAAGAUUAGUUUGAUACCCUACUGGUUUGUUCUGUUGUUGCUUAGUCAAAAUUCAGUCACCAAAUGGCUGGUUUUAUCUGAUGUUUAAUGUAAGUCUGGGACAUUAUUUGCUGUAGAAACAAAACAUUAUUUCUGAUUAUGUUGAAACAGCUCCACGUUCACAGUGUCUAAAGUUUAUACUCUAUAUUAGAUUAGAUUCAACUUUAUUGUCAUUGCACAUGUACAAGGCAACAAAAUGUGACCUAUACAUUUAACCCAACCAGAGAGUAGUGAACACACGUACACCCGGAGCAGUGGGCAGCUAUCACUGCAGCGCCCGGGGAGCAAGUAGGGGUAAGGUGCCUUGCUCAAGGGCACCUCAGUUGUUACCCGCCGGCCCUGGGAAUCAAACCAGCAACCUUCUGGUCAAAAGUCCGACUCUCUAACCAUUAGGCCACAACUGCCCUAAAUAUCCAAAUAUCCAAAAUUAUAUCCAAAAGACCCAAAGAAAUUUUCGUUGGCAAAAUUGUGUUUCCACCGUUUAAAUACAAGUAAAAAAUGUCCUCAUUUUGGCCUAUUAAAUUAAAUCAAUUUCGUUUUAAACAAAACUGUUUUCUCUUUUUUUAUUGAAACGUGGCAUUUC